UGCUGAGCAACUCUCCUCCCUCCUGCAGGCAGCUUGUGACUCAUGACACGUUUGUUGGGGGGAAAGUGAAGUUCAAAGAUGCACACUGCUAACUAAACCAAGCUUAUUCAGGCAUGUUUAUGGGAACAUAGACAGAUUGCUUUGUGUUUGAAAGCUGGUGAGUCAAUGAAUAGCUAUUUUUGGAUACAUGUUCUCCGGUAGAGACGUGUGGAGGUGGGACGUAUCUUCAAUGAGUAAAGGUAUCAUGUCUUCCAGAGAGCGACGCUCCGACUUGUACAUAAAGGCUGAACCCAGCAGCCCCGAUGGAGGAGGUGGUGGUGGCGGUGGGAGGACCAGCCCGGGAGGAGCGUCCUCAGACUCCUCUCAGAGUGGAGGAGGGGGAUCCAGAGGAGAAAGCGCUGGUCGCUACUCCCCGCCCCCUUACACGCCUGCGUUACGUUGCCAUUUUAAGGAGGAGGCUGCGGAUGGAGCCGAAGAGGGCUCUACCGGUAGCGUAGGAGGCCGCUGCAAGUAUACACUAAGCACGCUUCCCAAAAGGCUGUGCCUGGUGUGUGGAGAUGUGGCGUCUGGCUACCACUACGGAGUGGCUUCCUGUGAAGCCUGUAAGGCUUUCUUCAAAAGAACCAUACAGGGUAAUAUUGAGUACAGUUGCCCCGCCUCUAAUGAAUGUGAGAUCACCAAGCGCCGCAGGAAGGCCUGUCAGGCGUGUCGCUUCACCAAGUGCCUCAAAGUAGGCAUGCUCAAAGAAGGUGUCCGCCUGGACCGAGUUCGAGGCGGACGGCAGAAGUACAAGAGACGCCCGGAGGUGGAGAAUGCUACGUACCAGAAUGCACCAAUACCUUUAAGGAAAGAGGGGGAGAAGGGCUCAUCCAGCAUCAUUGUGUCUCAUCUGCUGGUGGCGGAGCCAGAAAAGCUGUUUGCUAUGCCAGACCCCCUGCAGCCUGACACGGCCCAGCGCACACUCACCACUCUCUGCGACCUGGCCGACCGGGAACUAGUUGUCAUCAUCGGCUGGGCCAAGCACAUUCCUGGCUUUCUCUCGCUGUCACUGGCUGACCAGAUGUCCGUGCUGCAGUCGGUGUGGCUGGAGGUGUUGGUGUUGGGGGUGGCGUACCGUUCUCUCGGCUGUGAGGACGAGGUGGUGUUUGCUGAGGACUUUGUGCUGGAUGAGGAGAUGUCUCGUGUGGCCGGUCUGACUGAACUCAACGCCGCCAUCAGCCAGCUCGCUCGCCGUUUCAGGGUUCUGCAGCUGGACCGCGAGGAGUUUGUCAUGCUCAAGGCCAUCGCACUCACCAAUUCAGAUUCGGUGUACAUUGAGGACAUGGAGGCUGUGCAGAAGUUACGGGACCUGUUGCAUCAGGCUCUGCUGGAGCUGGAGGUGCAGCGACGCCCUGACGACCCCCAGCGUGCGGGACGACUCCUCCUCACCCUGCCCCUCCUCAGGCAGACCGCCGGCCGGGCCCUCACCACCUUCUACAGCAUCAAGACCCGUGGUGGCGUGCCUAUGCACAAACUCUUCCUGUGUUCGCUGUGA